AAUGAUAUGAAUUUGAAAACCGCCCACUUGCACCUUCCUAUAGUCCAACGCAUUACAAGAGAGCCCACCGGCCAGCCACUCAGCCGCCGCCGCCUCCCCUUACCUCUUCUCCUCCACCCGCGCCACCGCCAUGCCGCUCGCUCCUCUGCCGCUGGACCCCGCCUCCUUCCCCGUCCUCCGCCCCGCCGCCGGAAGCUGCGGCCGCCGCAUCCACCCGGGGCCCGCGCCGCGCCUGUGCCGGACUCUGAGGGCGGCUCCCGUGGUGCCCGCCACCGCAGAGGAGCCGACGUCGGCGGCCGCGCGGGGCCGGCUGGAGUCGCUGAGCCAGGUGGCGGGGGUGCUCGGCACGCAGUGGGGCGACGAGGGCAAGGGGAAGCUCGUCGACAUCCUCGCGCAGCGCUUCGACGUCGUAGCUCGGUGCCAGGGUGGAGCUAAUGCUGGACAUACCAUAUACAAUUCUGAAGGGAAGAAGUUUUCACUUCACCUUGUUCCAUCUGGCAUCCUUAAUGAGGAUACGCAGUGUGUAAUUGGUAAUGGAGCAGUUGUUCAUCUUCCUGGAUUCUUUAAAGAAAUUGACGGGCUAGAGUCUAAUGGAAUUUCUUGCAACGGAAGACUUUUGGUAUCGGAUCGUGCUCAUCUUUUAUUUGAUCUACAUCAAGUUGUUGAUGGACUUAGAGAGGCAGAGCUUGGGAAUUCCCUUAUAGGGACAAUAAAGAGAGGAAUUGGACCAUGCUAUUCAAACAAAGUUAUUAGGAAUGGGCUCCGAGUUUGUGAUUUGCGACAUAUGGAUACCUUUGGUGCAAAACUCAACACCCUACUAAGAGAUGCAGCUCCGGUGCUACAGUACCCUAGCUACAGUACCGACAUUAGUCCCGGCCCAACUCGUCUACAGUACCCGAGCUACCGUUAACAAGGCUGGGAUGUCGCAAUAUGAUAAUAAGAUUAUGAAAGAGGAGGUUGAGAAAUAUAAAAUGUUUGCUGAACGAUUGGAACCAUUUAUCACUGAUACUGUGCACUUUAUGAAUGAGUCAAUCUUGCAAAA